CACUAUAAGGGGUUGCGCCAGAUGAGUGUGCUGUUCAUCCAUGUUUUGGUUUUUCAAAUACGUUUAAAGCCGUAAAAAUGUUCAAAAACCGUCGAUCUACUGUGGUGGCGAAAAAGCCCUCAGAACUGGCUACUAUACGGGAAUCGCAAAGUUCCGAUUUGGCCAUCGGACCAAGCCAACCGAAAGUUCGUCGUCCGGAUGAGCCAGCUCCCUCACCGGUGUCCAUUGCGGAAACGGAAAAUGUUCCGGAAGAGUUCGGGAGCAGUCAGUUUUCGGUUCCUGCCAGCCAGAUGAACAGCCAGCGCCGGUAUCUUUCUCAACGAAACAAUCUACAAAAGUCUCAAAGCGCGAGGACUUCGCGCCGGGUACCUACGAAUUAUUUCGAGAGCAUUUUGCUGAAGUGUUUGGUGGAUCUCGACGAUCCGAACAUGAUCCUGCUGAAGUGUGAACCGAUUAAUUUUGUAAGGAAGCUCCGGGUUAUGUUGCAAAGCAGCCCGGAUCAUCCGAGAAACGUUAAGGAUUUUAUCAACGGGGUUCAGCAAGCGAGCCGGUCCAAGGAAUCGUUUAGGAAAAUGCUAGAAUGUUGCAGCUUCCAGAAUCAAACCACUGGAGAUGUUAAACCGGUUCAGGAAAGCCUGAUGAAGAUGCUGCUUUGUGUGGACUUUUUACAGCUGGAACUGAUAACGGUGCUGUUCGAUUGCGUGGAACGUUGCGUGUCCGAGGACAACGACAGUGGGAUGAACAUGAUCGGUCUGGUACUCUCGCAACUCAAAUUUGUGGAUCACACCCUGCACGGAAAGUUGGUAUUCGACCGAUACUUCAAGGUGCUGGAAAGAUCGAAGGACGUUAGGCUGCUGCAGGAAACCGUUGCCUCACUAGAGGAUGUUAUCGAUGUUGCCCAGCAGGAUGCUGCUUUUCGAAGGAUUUUAGAGCUGUUCCCACGUCCUGCGGAUCUUUUCACCUCGACCAAUGUCACCGUUUUCUCGGAGCUUUGUCUGUCGGGUUCCAGUUUGCGAAUUGCUCGACAAAAGGUUGUUGAUUUUGUCGAGAUGGGAUGUCCCUUCGCAAUUUAUCCUGCUAUGGUGAAAUUUUUGCUCAAGUUCAACUACAGCGAAGUGGAAGGAUUGCAGGAGAACAUCGGCGAAAUACGUCAGGUUGUUGCUAAGUUGAUACAACUUUGGGAAGAUGGCACUAGCGAGAGGUGUAUUCAGGAAAUUUUCCAGAUCGUCUACCAAGCCCUCACUGUUUCGGCGGUUCUCUACGAAAGUUGGAUCAAGUUUAGCCGGUUGCUAACGGACGAAGACAGUCACAUGGGUCUGGAUUUGUUGGUGUUGCUGCUGAUGAUAAGCGUUAACGAGAUGAAGGCGGGAUCGAUCCAGAAGAUAUUGAUUAACAAAAUUCGCAAAAACCAUCUGAAUAUGAGCCAUUGGAAGGAAGCUGUUCAGUACUAUCGGUGUGUGAUGCAGCAACACAUGGAUUGUGUGUUGGACUUUGUGGAGUCGUGCUUGAAAGAACGGCAGCCGGAGGUUUGCGGUUUUGGUGUGGAAGCUAUGGUUUAUCUGUUUGGAACUGAUGGGAUGAACAAUAGGAUGGUGCUGAAUAAGCUUGUUGGAUUUAUGUGCGAAACAGCUCUGGUCAAUGGAACUGGGACUAGCAAUGAAUUUUUGAUCGAAAUAUGUAUGAAUGCGUUGGCUAGUAUCCAGGAGCGACGGCCAGAGGAUUUGCGAAACAAUGCGCACAUUUUGUUGAAAAUCAUGGAUAUUUCCCCGGAUUUAAGUUUGAUCCAGUAUCGGUCGGCUGUUGAACUGAUCUGUGAGGCUAUAGAGGUUCCAGGUGAACCAUCAGGAGACUGCGAAAAUUGGGACAGCUUGAAUAUCAUCAUCAGGAAGCAACUUCUAAGUACCAAUAAGGAUGUAAAGAAAAAGGGAGUCAUCGGAGUUGUUCGUUUAAUUCGGUACUUGUUAAGGAAUUCUUCGGGCUCUGCGGAGAUAACUUGCAGCUUCGAUUCAGAGAAAACUAUUGAAUCCGCGACAGAUAUUCCAACUGCGGCAGGAAGAGAAAUCGGAAAUAUGAUUAACUUGAUGCUAACAUCCUCUAACGAAAGUACAGAUAUUUUGGCUCUCUGCUACGAUGAAUUGGCAGAGAUGUUGCAGGGCUUCGAAAAAAGUUUUGGCAAACCGGAAAAAGCUUUUACAAUUUGGUUGUGUGAUACUUUAACGAAUGAUUUCCAAAGUUAUUUCAUUGUUGAAGAACUUUCUAAGGGCAACGUAAUUCAGUUUGCUAAAAAACUUUGCAUCAAUGAAACAUCUGAUGUAGAAGAAAGUAAUGCUGAGGCCUAUGCCAUCGCCGUAAACAUUGCUGAUAACAUGCUUGCGUACAAUAGUCGAUUCUCUUCGAUGUGCUUUUUUCUAUCUAUGUUCAAGCUAAUGAAAACUCUUCAAUUGAUUCGGUAUGAUGGUAAUCUUGAAUCCAUUAAUGCACUGUUGGGUUGUGCCAUUAUUGUACCUUCGUUCUACAAUGAACCAGAUGAAAAGAACUUGGUAGAAACCUACGAAGAGAACGUCUGUCGACAAGUUCUGGAUGCCUAUUUUUACACAGCCAAUUGGUUCCGCGAGCUUAUCAAUGCUUUUCUCCUACAAACUGAUCCAUUGUUGCACCGAAAAGUUCUACUGCGCCUAUCAGAAUUAGUGAGUUUGGAAACUCGCUUGGCUGCUCUACUUCGUACAAUAGACUUCGAUUACUAUCCUCCGGUAUGCGAUUUCUCAACGGACCCCGUUCAAACUUCGAAAGCAGGAAGACCAGCCAAAGAGUCCAACUCAAAAUCAAAUAUAACGCUUAACCCAACGGCAAGAACGCAACUCGAUACGACACGAAAAGCUGGACAAGCCGAGGGUUUAGAGUUUGGAACAGACACCUUAUUCUCUAAACAUCAUCGAGGUUUUCGAGUGAUGGAGAAAACAUUGAUUCAAUUGUUCCGUGAACCAAUGGAUUUUUGCCAUAAAUUACCUGAAAAUGAAUUGGGAGUACGAAUUGGGUUGGCUGAGUAUCGCUUUUUACUUGAAACUGUAACGGUGGAACUUGAAACGCGACAGGCUGGCAAAACUAAGCUUCGCUACAACUAUGAACUUAAGGAUCUUUUGCAGGUGUUGCCUUCAACUGUGGAUAAAUUUUGUUCGAUCAAAUCAAAGAGACGGGAACUGUUCGAUACAUCAGGAUCCGCGGAUAUACUGGAUUUCAAAGCCUUGGGAUGUUGCUUCGAUUGGACUUUAAGAUUGUUUUCUGCCCUACUUUUUCUUAUCAAACGAGAUGCUCCGAAAUUAUUGGAUAAAACUUUCGAGAUCAUUGGAAAGAUUUCAUCGGUAAGCAAUCAAGAUUCCGACCAACUUCUUACUUCUGAACUCACCCACAAAAAUGCCUUCAAGGAUCUCACAACUGCGUACUACCUUUUCAAAUUUGGCCUUACUCUCAACAAUAUCUCUUCCACAUCAGAAGGAUCUAACCAAAUCGCCACUUUCUGCCAAAACUUCUUAUGCUCCAACUUCCUAUCGAAAAGUGGGAACGCCACUCAUCUGGCCGCUCUUCUCCAGGGACUCUUCGUUUCGGUAGACUUCCAAAAAAUAAAGCGUCUCACAAAAGCCUUAGCCGAUGAUCUAGCUGCCUCCAAAACCGACGACCGAAUUUUCGCUGGACUUCAACGCUCCCACUACGCCCUUCUUUUCCGGGAACUCACCAAAGCCUUCAUCCGCUGCAUCCAGGCCGAAAUCCGAUCCAAGAAAACUUCCACCCAAAAGUUCAUUCUAUGGGAACAAUCCUGUGAAAUCCUUAAGCAGUUUUCAGACGUCGUCAAACAAGCCGAUUCCCCCAAGUUCUAUUCUUGCUACAUGAAGAACUCCCACACCUACCUAAAACUGUUCCAACAAAGUGGACUACGAGCUCUAGAAGACGUAUUAAAAGUUUCCGCCGAUCGUGUCAGUCACCUGCUAAGCACCCUUCAGCACAGCACCCGUUAUCUGCACAACAUCUGCUGCCACUCGAAGCAAAUCAAGGACGGAGCCCUCGCUGUACAAAUUCCGUUUCUGCGAGAGACCGUAGAAACACUAAUCUACAGCGUCAAAGCCGUUCUGGCUGCAAACGGUUGCGCUUCGGUCUUCUGGAUGGGCAAUCUGAAGAACAAGGAUCUGCAUGGGGUGCUGAUCGUGACCCAGGAGAGGCAAACGGAGGAGGAAGAGGCCGAGGAAAGUACGGCCGAAUCAGAUAUCGCCGAUUUCUUGAGCGAUGAUGAAGCGGAAGGAACAACGACCACCACCGGAAGGCGCCGUGAUGCGGUGCCUUUAAGGAAGAGUACUUCGAACGAGAAAUCUUCACAAAGUAAGUGCUUUUAGAGAUAUUUCUUUCACGAGCUCCAAUGAAAAUUCUGUUAAUAUUUGAA